CACCCGUCCCCAAAAGCAAAGAGGCCUCUCUCUCUCUCUCUCGCCGAUCCCUCUCCUCCUCCUCUUCUUCUUCUUCCACUAGCUAGUUCGUCUUCCUCCUUCAGCUAGCUUGUAGCAGCUAAGGUUAGGUCGGAUCGAGAUCGGGAUCGGCCGCCGGCGAGCGGCGAGCGGCGAGGAUGGGGCGGGGGAAGGUGCAGCUGAAGCGGAUAGAGAACAAGAUCAACAGGCAGGUGACGUUCUCCAAGAGGAGGAAUGGAUUGCUGAAGAAGGCGCACGAGAUCUCCGUCCUCUGCGACGCCGAGGUCGCCGCCAUCGUCUUCUCCCCCAAGGGCAAGCUCUACGAGUACGCCACUGACUCCAGGAUGGACAAAAUCCUUGAACGUUAUGAGCGCUAUUCAUAUGCUGAAAAGGCUCUUAUUUCAGCUGAAUCCGAGAGUGAGGGAAAUUGGUGCCAUGAAUACAGGAAACUUAAGGCAAAGAUUGAGACCAUACAAAAAUGUCACAAACACCUCAUGGGAGAGGAUCUAGAAUCCCUGAAUCUCAAAGAACUCCAACAGCUAGAGCAGCAGCUGGAGAGUUCAUUGAAGCACAUAAUAUCAAGAAAGAGCCACCUUAUGCUUGAGUCCAUUUCCGAGCUGCAGAAAAAGGAGAGGUCACUGCAGGAGGAGAACAAGGCUCUGCAGAAGGAAUGUGCGCAUGCAGCUGGUGGAGAGGCAGAAGAAUGUGAGGGGCCAGCAGCAAGUAGGGCAGUGGGACCAAACCCAGGUCCAGGCCCAGGCCCAAGCCCAACCCCAAGCCCAGACAAGCUCCUCCUCCUCCUCCAUGCUGAGGGAUCAGCAGGCACUUCUUCCACCACAAAAUAUCUGUAGCUACCCGCCGGUGAUGAUGGGCGAGAGAAAUGAUGCGGCGGCGGCGGCGGCGGUGGCGGCGCAGGGCCAGGUGCAACUCCGCAUCGGAGGUCUUCCGCCAUGGAUGCUGAGCCACCUCAAUGCUUAAGAUGAUCAUCGUCGUCGUCGUCGGCCAAACAGCUGCCGUAUGCACCGUGAAUCAUGGGAGCAACCUUGAAUGAAUUGAAGUCAUUGGUAUCGAUCCUAGCGAUAAUAUAUAUGAUUCUCCUAAAAUGAAAUUGAUCUCAAAAAAACAAACCUAGCGAUUAAGCUAUUCUUAUAUAUGUGUUUGCCUGCUGCCCCCUACCCUACAGGCUACAUAUGAUUUGCAAGAAAUUAAUUAUGAGCAAGGAUCAGGAUGUGUCUUUGUGUAAUCAUCAGCACGUACCUAGUGCUUCCUACUGAUAUAUAUGCAUGCAAUUGUGUGCAUAUAAAUAUAUUUGCAUGCCAUGCUCCCGUGAUGGUUAAUUAAUUUA